AUGUGCACUGACGAGGGCUGCUGGGGGCCCGGCACCACCAUGUGUUUUACCUGCCUGUAUUACACCCGUAGGGGCCACUGUGUAGGGGUCUGUCACCUACUGGAGGGGUGAGCUAACCCAAUGGCACAAACUAUUGAUACUUCUCAUAUGUCAAAUAUAUCUACUGUAGGCUUGUGCUGUGUUCAUGUUUUAACAGUUUUCCUUGCCUUUUUAGGGUGCCACGAGAGUAUGUACUGAAUAACAGGUGUCUAGAAUGUGACCAAGAAUGUAUGGUGAAGAAUGGAACCCGAAGCUGCUUUGGACCAGUACGCUACUUUCACUUCAAAUCCAUCUCAAUUUUUUCAUAACAAAUUAUUUUUGACAUUCUCGCGUGAUAUUGAGUUACAUAACAAAUUCAGAGAAUUAGAUGAAUUCUGUGUGACUUGGGAAAUAUAGCGAAGUCAGUGGUUUUACUCAAGACAAGUGAUUUUUUCAGUGAUGAUCAGCAAUUCUAUGAACCUCUGACCCUCCCCUCUCUCGCACUCUAAAGGGCCCUGACAAGUGUUUGGCGUGCGCCCACGUCAAAGAUGGCCCCCACUGUGUCUAUCGGUGCCCACACGGCGUUCUCGGGGACGGGGAUAGGCACAUCUGGAAAUACGCUGACAAGAAGAGAGAAUGUCAGCUCUGUCAUGAGAACUGCACCCAGGGGUAAGGCAUAGGCUACCCAUCUAUUUCUAACUCUGUUUGUUAUAAAGCCAAUGUCAGCUUAUUUUGAUUGAAUGCCUAUUGAUAGACCAUGAUGAUCAUUUACCAUGGUCAGGACCGUGUGAAGUAGUCUCCUGAACAUAGUAUUCCCUCCUUCCUGUCUGCAGAUGCUCUGGACCUGGACUGAGUGGCUGCAGCACCAGAGG